GAAGCUCAUUAAGUGCCUCAAGGACAGCACAUCAAUUGGUGUGGCCCUCCAGUUUCCUCUCAGCCUUUUUUAAGGCACUCUGCUCUGAUUCAACCCACUUAUCGGCCGACUGACGACAGAAAUGGACCCAAUUUAGAGCCAGGGGCAGGCAAAGGUGUCGCGCUGUGAAGUGGCAUAUUAAAACAGCAGGGCCUUGGAUUUGAGCCAAAUAGGAUCUUACCCUGUCGAGCUCUGUCCGGAUUUGGAUUCACUGUUUUGAGAUACUCUCGGGUCUGCAGAGACAUGAGACCGACCUGGACGCUUUGAUUGGCGUCUCUUCUUUGUGCUUGACUGAGUAUCAGACGCAUAAAAGUGACAUCUUCUCUGCAGUUGGGGUCAGAAGAUGGAGCUCCAAGGCCGCUUGGUGGACUCCACGUUAAUUCAUUUAGUCAGUGACAUGAACCUGCUCGAGUUUCCACAGAAGUGCACUUUGGGACAGAAACAGCAGGUGAAUGAGGCCCCACCGAGCCCGAACACCCUCUCAGCAUCCUGGAGAACGGCCUUGGACAACGAUGCGUGCUCUGAGGACGCGCGCACCGAGCAUCUGGUGGUGGGCGAGCCCAGGUACUACAGCCGCGGAGCCCACGACCACAGCAAGUCCAAACGCAGGAGGAUCAUCACCGUGGUCCAGCGACAGGCGGCCAACGUGCGGGAGAGAAAGCGGAUGUUCAGCCUGAACGAGGCGUUUGACGAACUGAGGACGAAAGUGCCCACGUUUGCGUACGAGAAGAGACUGUCCCGCAUCGAAACUCUGCGCUUGGCCAUCGUCUACAUCUCCUUCAUGAUUGACCUGCUGGAAAACACCUGAGACUGGACAGUAAAGUGUUAGUUUUACUCUAUGGACACUGGACUCGACUGUGUUGACUUUACCACUGAUAUACAAGGACACAGCUGAAUGAACUGCUGAGGUGAAUCAAACAUUAUGUCAGCAUAUAUAAUAACUGCAAGCUUUCUGAAAUACAUCAGACUGUUAGCCUUUUUUUAUAUACAAUAGUUUGCCAUAUCAGUGAUAACAUGAUUGUAUUAAAUUAUUAGACUGACA